GUGUGGAUAACGUGGGAGCUGUUACCGUUGGUUCCGGUGCUGUUUGCCGUGGGUAGCAGGAUACAGGACGUCUCGGUGGAUCGGUCGUUUGCGUUCAAGAGCGUCAUCAGCAGCAAAGACUCAACUUGGUCGCCAUCUUCUUCCAAGGACCACGUGGUUGCUGAACAAAAGAAGAUACAUGCAAUUGAAAAGUGCAAGAACCUUUUAUUUUCCCCUAGAUUGAUCAUGUUGAAAAAAUCCAAUCCGAUGUACAUGAAGCUACGUCGGCUCACAAAUCUCUACGACAUCAGUGCCAAACAGAUAGGCACCUACGUUCGCAAUCUGCAUCGGCACAUGCGGAAACAGAAUGUCCGGAUCCGGAAACUUCGCCGGAAGUUGGCUUCGCUGCGUAACCGGCAUAAAGCCGAGCUAGCGUCCCACAAGCUGGAACAGGAAGAUGACGAACCUACUGUGAAAACUGAAAAAGAUGACGAGCAUGAAGAUUUUCUGAAGGCACUUGAGAAGGCGGAGCUGCAGCACGUUCAGGAAGCGAAAGCUGCCGAGCCCCUGGACGUGAAAGCGUUCGUUGAUGACAUCAAAAAGACGGCUCAAUCGGUGGACUACCAGAGUCGGUACAUUUUCGAACCGACUUCCGGGCUGUACUACGAUCCGGAGACUGGAUACUAUUACAAUGCCACGUAUGACCUUCACUACGAUGGGACACGUGGCUGCUAUCUUAAGUACAAUGAAGAAACCCGGGACUAUGAUUUUUACUCCCAAGUAAUAUCCCAGGAAACAAUUGAAGCUCAACAGCCGAAAAAAACUGAAAAGACCAAGCGACGGCGUCAGCGACCGAGGUCCAGGGACGACAGUGAGCGGGAACGAGGUCGGGAUCGGGAUCGCCGAGGGCGAGACAAAGCUUACUCCGACGAGGAUGAAUACGAGCGAAGGCGGUCUCGAGAUCGAUAUCGAAGACGUCGCAGUCGAUCGCUUUCGGAACCGCGGAAAGGACGUCGCAAGCAUCGUAGAAGUCGAUCCCGAUCGCACUAUACCCUUUCCAGCCGUUCCAAGUCGAAGACCGAUUCGGAGGAGGAAAUCCGGGAGCUGCGCCGCUUGAGAGAUGAACGAAAGGAACGUAAAGAGGAACAGAGGGCGAAACGGUUAAACAAGGUUGAGGACAGUGAGGAGGAAGAAGGAGAGUUGGCUAGCAGUAGUGAUAGUGAUUCUACGAACAGCGAUGAACGUAGAUCGGUCAUUUCGAUUGGCUCAACUAGUUCCGGAACGCAUGAAUUGGUCGUUGACUACAAAGCCGGGAACUCUUCAGCAUUAGCCAAACAAUAUCCACCGUCUCUGAGGCUGAUCGUGCAAGAAACUGCACUGCCUGCCCUUAAAAAAGGUUCCCUAUUUAUAGUGACCUGUAAAGGUGGUUCCCUCGGAAGGGAAGGGGACCACGACGUUAUCAUUCCUGAUCUUAAUGUUUCCAAAUUCCAUCUCAAGUUCCUAUACAAACACUGCCACUAUCAGGUGCUGGAUCUCGGGUCCCGCAACGGUACCCUACUGAAUGGGAACCGAAUGUCCCCUUCGAAGCAGGAAAGCGAAACCUUUCAGCUGGAACAUCGGGACGUGCUGCAGCUGGGCCAGACCAAGCUGCUGUGCCAUGUUCAUGAAGGCAGCUUCACCUGUAGCCAAUGUGAGCCGGGAUUAUUGAUAGAAAGGGAUGGAUGUGAUGCGGGAGCUGCGGGUGAUGCGCACAUUAAGCCGGUUAGCUACAAGGAAGGGCUCAAGAGGCUGCAGAAGCGAUACGGACUGGAAGAAGAAAAAUACGUUGAUCCACCGGUGAACCUGCCAGUGGACUACAAGGAUCGAGCUGCGAGUCGCCGCAAGCUGGUGGGAAGCAGCACCGAGCAUGCCAAAGUUGAGGUCGCUUCCGUUGAUCAGGCUAUUGGACACCAGAACAAGGGCUUCAAAAUGCUGGCCAAAAUGGGCUGGAGCGAGGGCAAGGGUUUGGGUAAAAAUGACGGAGGCCGAACGGAACCGGUGCCAUUGGUUUCGAACGUAGGCACCGGUGGUCUGGGAGCACAGGCCUUGGUGGAUCCAACGGUGUAUUCGUUGGAACCUUCCAAUAAGCAAAAAAUGAGGAAAGCAAUCGCCUUGAAAACUCAACAGAGGUACGCGGCCUGUGAGGACGUUGAAGAAACACCAGUAGCUAAACCAACCGAAAAACAUGUUGCAACACUGGACAAACAAAUUAGUUCCGAAAACAAAGGUUUCCAGAUGCUGGCGAAAAUGGGUUGGAACCAGGGUGAAUCGUUGGGUCCCGGAGAAGACGGUCUGAAAGAACCGGUUAAAAUAAUGUCUAACGUUGGAACGAGCGGCCUCGGAAGUAAACCACUUGUUACCGGCCAAGCCGUUGCCUCUAAAAGUAAAACAAUUUGGAAGAAGCAACAGCCCAAAUGUAAACCCGUCAAAAAGGUGUUCGAAGAAUCGGACUCCGAAUGAGUAAUGUGAUUAUUAUUAAAGACAUAAAAAUAAAAUUU